CCCACUGGGCACGGUUUCAUUUCAUCUCUCUUUUUCACUUUUUCUUCUCGUUUUUUACAUUAUUGCCCUCCGUCUUACACCGACCCACUUCACCACCAGAGCCGUUGAAACAAACAACACAACGAAAUUGCUAGAGAGAGAAGGAGAUACUCAAUCGUUCCUCCAUAGCUCCUUCCGAUCCGUGCUUCCGAGUCAACUCGCUCGACUCACUCUAUCUUUCUCUCUCUCUCUCUCUCUUCCAUGGCUCCAGCUGCGUCUGAGAGAAUGGAGCUCGCCAAGCUCUGCGGCUCCCGCGACUGGUCCAAGGCCAUCCGAGUCCUCGACUCGUUGCUCUCCCAGUCUUGCGCCAUCCAAGACCUCUGCAACCGAGCAUUUUGCUAUAGCCAAUUGGAGCUUCACAAGCAUGUGAUUAAGGAUUGCGACAGGGCGCUUCAGCUUGACCCUACGCUCCUCCAGGCUUACGUUCUUAAAGGCCGUGCAUUUUCUGCUUUGGGGAGGCAAGACGAUGCACUUUUGGUUUGGGAGCAAGGGUAUGAGCAUGCUGUGCGUCAUUCUGCUGAUCUAAAGCAAUUGUUAGAACUGGAAGAGCUUUUGAAAGUUGCCAAAGAGGGGAAAAGUACAGGACGUGAAAACCAUGAUAUAGAGUCAAAAUCAUCUACGCUUGUAUCUGAAUCAGGACCAGUUACCAAUGAGAAUUCAAGUGAAACUCAUGAGACUACUAAAAAUUUGAAUGAUCAGUCUAAAUUAGGUGGCGAGUCCAGAGAUUCCUCUGAGGUCAAUGGUAAAUCUCUGGAUACUGUUGCCUCUAAUGGAAUAAGUAAUAAAGAUACAGGAAAGGAACAAUUUGGUAGGCAUGUGAAUGGGAAUCACGAUGUUCAUGAUAAAUUAAGUUAUGAGUCUGAAUCAUGUGAUGACUCAAGCGAUGGAUGUGGGAAAUUGUCAGUAAUUUGCAGCAACGGAAUUGAUUUAACUCAAAACCAAUUAAAAGCUAAAUUAGACGUACCGCGCAAGGAAGUAAGCGAUGAAUCGAACAAAAACAAAAAAUUCUGUGUUACCAGAAUUUCAAAGACCAAGUCAAUAAGUGUGGACUUUCGUCUAUCUAGGGGUAUAGCAGAGGUUAAUGAAGGGAAAUAUGCUCACGCUAUAUCUAUAUUUGACCAGCUACUGAAAGAGGAUCCUAAUUAUCCUGAGGCACUAAUAGGGAGAGGGACAGCAUAUGCAUUCCAACGAGAACUUGAAGCUGCAAUAGCUGAUUUUACAAAGGCCAUACAAUCAAAUCCGUCAGCAUGCGAGGCAUGGAAACGGAGAGGGCAGGCCCGUGCUGCCUUAGGGGAAUUCGUUGAGGCCAUUGAAGAUUUGUCGAAGGCAUUAGAGUUUGAACCAAACUCGGCAGAUAUUCUGCAUGAAAGGGGAAUUGUCAAUUUCAAGUUCAAGGAUUUCUACGCUGCUGUAGAAGACCUGUCUGCGUGUGUGAAGCUUGAUAAGGAUAACACAUCCGCUUACACGUAUUUGGGAUUGGCCUUAUCUUCAAUUGGUGAAUAUAAAAAGGCCGAGGAGGCACAUUUGAAAUCAAUUCAAUUGGAUCGAAAUUUCCUCGAGGCAUGGGGUCAUCUAACUCAGUUUUAUCAAGAUAUGGCAAACUCAACCAAGGCUCUGGAAUGUCUUCAUCAAGUUUUACAAAUUGACACAAGGUUUUCCAAGGCAUAUCACUUGCGUGGUUUAUUGCUGCAUGGAAUGGGAGAGCACAGGAAGGCAAUUAAGGAUUUGUCAACUGAGUUGAGCAUUGACAGUGCAAAUAUUGAGUGUUUAUAUUUGCGAGCUUCCUGCUACCAUGCUGUUGGAGAGUAUAAGGAGGCGGUCAAGGAUUAUGACGCUGCACUUGAUUUAGAACUAGACUCCAUGGAUAAGUUUGUCCUGCAAUGCCUGGCCUUCUAUCAGAAAGAGAUUGCUUUGUACACAGCAUCCAAGAUUAACAACGAAUUUCAUGAGUUCAAUAUUGAUGGAGAUAUUGAUCCCCUUUUUAAGGAGUACUGGUGCAAAAGGUUACACCCCAAAAAUGUAUGUGAAAAAGUUUACAGGCAGCCUCCACUACGUGAAUCUUUGAAGAAGGGGAAGCUUAGAAAGCAAGAUCGUGCUGUUACUAAGCACAAGACAACUCUUCUCCAGGCUGCGGAUUCAAUUGGGAAGAAAAUCCAAUAUGAUUGCCCUGGCUUCUUACCAAACAGGCGACAGCAUCGUAUGGCGGGGUUUGCGGCUAUUGAAAUUGCCCAGAAGAUUUCAAAAGCUUGGCGCAAAUAUUUAAAUAGAAGCACAUCAAAGCGUGGUAAGAAAGCACGGAGAAGGGAAAGAAUCAAUAUGCCCUGCCAGAAUAGAGGCGGUGCUGGCUGCAGUACAAGUGGUUAUUCAGAGCCGACUUCAUACAACACGCUGGAAGACAAAUCAUCUAGCAAUUUCAUGCUUUCAUGGCAAGACGUUUACUCACUGGCUGUCAAAUGGAGGCAAAUUUCUGAACCUUGCGAUCCCAUUGUGUGGAUUAACCAGUUGAGUGAAGAGUUCAAUGCUGGAUUUGGAUCUCAUACACCAAUGGUUCUUGGGCAAGCAAAGGUAGUCCGCUAUUUCCCAAAUUUUGAAAGGACGUUAGAGGUCGCAAAGGGAGUUAUGAAAGAUAAACGUUAUGUCUAUAACAAGACAGAUGGUGUCAUUGAUCUUUCUGGAGACGGGAAGUUGCAAGACAUUAUGCAAGCAAAAUCCUGCUCAGAUUUGUACAGAGUUGUUGGUGAGGACUUUUGGUUGGCUACGUGGUGUAACAGUACUGCCUUUGAGGGGAAGCGGCUUGAAGGCACAAGGAUUACACUUGUCAAAAUGGGAGAGAGAGGAUUUGACUUUGCAAUCAGAACACCGUGUACGCCGUCAAGAUGGGAUCAAUUUGAUGCAGAAAUGACAAUGGCAUGGGAGGCUAUAUGUAAUGCUUAUUGCAAUGAGAACUUUGGAUCUACUGAUUUCGAUGUGCUUGAAAAUGUCAGAGGUGCAAUUUUAAGGAUGACAUAUUACUGGUACAAUUUCAUGCCACUCUCAAGAGGCUCUGCUGUUGUUGGCUUUGUCGUUAUGCUCGGAUUGCUUCUUGCCGCUAAUAUGAGGUUCACAGGAAACAUCCCAAAAGCGUUACAGGUGGAUUGGGAAGCUAUUCUAAACUUCGACCCAAACUCUUUUAUAGAUUCUAUAAAAAGUUGGCUGUAUCCGUGCCUUGAAGUAACUACAUCUUGGAAAGAAUAUCCAGACGUGGCAUCAACAUUUUCAACGACAGGAUCAGUUGUUGCUGCUCUGAGCUCCUACAGUGAUUGAGUCUCUUUUAUUGUUAAGAGCUGCCAUCUGCGCAAUGAUGGUAUUUUUUCGCUCAACAGGGUCGUCUGCUAAUCUUGGACUGGAGGGAAAGUCGGUUAAAAUGUAUGCAAACAUCCUUUAUAAAAUUUUAGUUUUUACAAAAUUUGUUGUACAGUAUGUUAGGACAAUAAAACUACAAAUUUAAUUUUGCCUACAAGUUCUAACUGUCCAAAACGUGUCGUAGACUAGUAGAUUUGCUUCGUGUGUGGUACUAGCAGUUCAUAAGGGAUAUUGUCUCUUUUCAGCCAUAGACGGGU